UCACCAUACUAAUUUGUAUAUAUGGAGCAUAAAAUGCUAUAUUUCAAAAAGCUUCCUCUUUUAAGUGUAUAUACGAAAAUGAAUUUGGGUCCUAAUUUGAAGCCCAACUACCCCAACCCAGCCCAUCAAUUCAAACCAAAACCCAUAAGAUGUCGUCUCCCAGAACCACGGCCAACUCUCAGUGUCUACAAUUUUGGAGUAAACUGUAAUGGAGGUAGAGGAGAGGACGAAACCAAUCGCCAUUUUUAUGGCGUUCGGUACCAAAGGAGAUGUUUAUCCUAUUGCUGCCAUUGCGGCAGGUUUUGCUUUUGAUCAAAGACAGUACCAUGUGAUUCUUAUAACACAUUCAGCCCAUGAGUCUUUACGAUCCCACUUGGCUGAAAGAAAUGUUGCUUAUUAUCCAAUUUCCUCACCCCCUUUUAUUUCUACCGAUCACAUUCAAAACACUACAGAAUCGUCAAUUUCACAGCAAAAAGAGAUGCUUAUUAGAGACCAUAGAAGAGAAUGCUAUUCUAUUGUUGAAAAGACAUUUGGACAGCGCCCAACCAUGGAGGAUGAUUGUAUUGUGAUAAACUUUUUCGCACUGGAAGGAUGGAGUCUCGCUGAACUGUUCCGAGUUCGUUGCAUAGUUGCUGCUCCAUAUGUUGUUCCAUACAGUGCACCAUCAUCAUAUGAGCGCCACUUCAGAAAAGAACACCCACUGCUGUAUAAAUAUCUACAGGAAGCUCCCAGGCACAAGGUUUGUUGGGAAGACAUUAUUCAUUGGAUGUGGCCAUUGUACACUGAAUACUGGGAAUCUUGGAGGCGUGAUUUGAAUCUGAGUUCUUGCCCUUUUACAGAUCCAGUGACGGGUCUACCUGAAUGGCAUAAUAGCUCUUCAUCUCCCUUGCUGUUGUACGGAUUUAGCAAAGAAGUUGUUGAAUGCCCCGAUUACUGGCCAUCAGCUGUUCGGGUUUGUGGCUUCUGGUUUCUGCCUGUGGAAUGGCAGUUUUCAUGUAAGAAGUGUGGAGAAAUUUCAGAGCUAGUUUCUGCAGGGCAUGUAAAUAAAAAAGAUGAACUUUGUUCAGAUCAUGUUUAUUUGCAAUCCUUUUUGAAGAACCGUAUUGCUGAGCCACUUGUGUUUGUUGGGCUGAGUUCUGCUGGUAGCAUGGGAUUCUUAAAAGAUCCUCUAGCAUUUCUUCAUGUUCUUCGAGGUGUUCUAGAUAUCACAAGUUACAGGAUUAUACUUUUCACAGCUGACUACAAACCUUUAGAAGCGGCAAUACAAGUAGCCAAUGCAGAAGCAUCGUUGGAGAUGAAUCAUGUACAAUUAAGUGAAGAUUGUUUCUCGCUCUAUAAUAGCCGACUCUUCUGUUUUUCAGGUACGAUACCAUAUAACUGGCUCUUUACUCACUGUGCGGCCGCUGUUCAUCACGGGGGAAGUGGAAGUACUGCAGCUGCGCUUCAGGCUGGAAUUCCACAGGUAUUAUGUCCAUUUAUGCACGAUCAAUUCUAUUGGGCUGAGAGAAUGUAUUGGCUUGGAGUUGCACCAGAACCAUUGAAAAGGAACCACUUAUUCCCUGAAACUAAUGAUGAGGCAAGCGUCCAAGCAGCUGCAAAUGUGCUAUCAAGGGCCAUAAAUGAUGCAUUAUCUCCUGAUGUCAGAGCACGCGCCACAGAAAUUUCUCGAAAAAUUUCUCUUGAGGAUGGGGUCUUGGAGGCUGUCAAGUGCAUAAAGAACGAGCUACAGAGCCCAUAAAGAUUGAACUAACGGUUUUAUAACAAUCUUGUUCUAAUAUUGUUGGAAAUGUAUUAUAAUUUUGGAUAUUUGCAGUGAUCUUUCUCAUAACUCUAAUGAAAAUUUCUUCUAUGUACAAUGUACGUGUGGAUAAAUUAUAAUUGCAAGUAUGCCUUAUGACUAACUUCUUCAAAUCAA